AUGCGGAAAAUACGUUCUCCCCAAGGAAGUGGGUGUGUGCUGCAGGGUCAUGAAAUCCGUAAAGCCGAGUUCACACUGAUACGACAAGCCCAGACGCAAGCCUAUCCCGACGAGAUAGAAACAUUAAAACAACAUGGAAUCGUCAGCAAGUCCAGUUCAAUAUACCGACUAAGCCCAUUUAUGGAUUCUAUGGGUACUAUCCGCAUGGGGAGUCGAAUCGAAGCAGCACCAGAAUCGGCGUACCCAGCAAAGUAUCCCGUUAUACUUCCUAAACAGCAUUCCAUCACUACACUCAUUAUCGACAACAUGCAUCGACGCCCGCUACAUGCCAAUAAUGAAACAGUCCAUAACGAAAUGCGCCAGCAAUACUAUGUCGCCAGUCUGCGUACUUUGAUUCGCAAAGUGUCUCGAAAUUGCCAGUUUUGCAAAAUAAGGAAAGCAGUUCCCAAACCCCCGAUGAUGGCAUCGCUACCUAGGGUUCGACUCACGCCGUUCGUGCGUGCAUUCACGUACGUCGGAGUGGACUAUUUUGGACCGGUGGAAGUGAAAAUCGGCCGAAGUCUGGUGAAGCGGUGGGUGGCUCUAUUUACUUGUCUAACUGUGAGAGCCAUCCACCUAGAAGUUACCCAUAGUCUAUCAUCACAAUCAUGUAUCAUGGCUUUCCGACGAUUUAUCGCAAGACGAGGCGCACCACGUGAAGUAUAUUCGGACAAUGGAACGAACUUCAUAGGAGCAAGCCGUCAGUUAUCCGAGGAGCAACACAAGAUGCAACAAGUGAAUAAGGACUGUGCUACAACAUUCACGAAUGCCCAUACCACCUGGUAUUUCAACGUUCCUGCUGCGCCACAUAUGGGUGGGCCGUGGGAGCGAUUAGUAAGAUCCGUGAAAACAGCUAUGAAAGUAAUUUCCGAUUGUAAGACACACCCCAGCGAUGAAGUGCUUGAGACGGUAUUACUGGAAGCGGAAGGAGUAAUCAAUUCUCGUCCGCUAACAUACGUACCACUUGAUGAUGCAGACGCCGAGGCCCUGACCCUAACCACUUUUUGCUGUACGGGUCCAACGGUGUUAAUCAGCCUGAGUUAG